CUCCAAGGCCCUGGAGCUGCAUAGGAGACAGUGGCAGACAACUCACGGCCGACAAGUUCAUCAGUAGAAUGCCAAUGCCCUUCAAUGACAGCAUCGCACAUAUUUCCACUUAAGCUCUGGAAACAUCUGCUGUGAGACAAAGGAGUCUACCACAGUAUGGACAAGGCAAGAGCUUUACCUGGUGCUGAAGAGUACCCUGACAUGGAGGUACAGAAAGGCCGAGUACUGACUCUGGAGGACUGGCGAGACAAGUGGGUGACCUGCAACAUUUCAUUUCAUCAAGAACAAGGACAUCAGCUAUUAAAGAAGCACUUGGAUACUUUCCUUAAGGGUCAAAGUGGACUGAGGGUAUUUUUUCCUCUGUGCGGAAAAGCAGUUGAGAUGAGAUGGUUUGCAGACUUGGGACACAGUGUAGUUGGUGUGGAAAUCAGUGAACUUGGGAUACGGGAAUUUUUUAUGGAGCAGAAUCUUUCUUAUUCAGAAGAACCAAUUGUUGAAAUUCCUGGAGGCAAAGUAUUUAAGAGUUCUUCGGGGACUAUCUCAUUGUACUGUUGCAACAUUUUUGAUCUUCCCAGAACAAAUAUUGGCAAAUUUGACAGGAUUUGGGAUCGAGGAGCAUUUGUCGCUGUUAAUCCAGGUGAUCGUGAACGCUACACAGGUAUAAUGCUGUCCAUACUGAGGAAAGGAUUUCACUACCUCCUGUCUGUCUUAUGUUAUGAUCCAACUAAACACGCAGGCCCACCAUUUUAUGUCCCAGAUGCCGAAGUUAAAAGGUUGUUUGGUACAGCAUGCAAUAUCCAGUGUCUUGAGAAUGUUGAUGUUUUUGAAGAACGACAUAAAAAUUGGGGAAUUGACUGCCUGUUUGAAAAGUUAUAUCUACUUACAGAAAAGUAAAUGAGACACAAAUAAUAGCAACAUGUUUUUUAAGCAGCUGAAAAUAUGCUAGGAACUGAAAAUAUAAUGAAUUUAAGUUUUUUAAUUAUUCAUAAAUCAUAUCAUAGAUUUUUCCUCAAAAAUGCAUAGAAAUUUUUAGGAAGAUACAAAUGCUAAAAUAUUAAGGUAGAUCCUUUCUGUCUUUCUGUCUCUCUCCAGUGAGUGUGCCCUAAAGCAAAAAUCUCUCAAAAAAAAAAAAAAUAGAUUCUUUGGGAAGGGGAGUGUGAUUGGGAGUAAAAGAUGACACCUGUAUGAUUUAUUUACAGCUUGCAAGAAUAUCUUACAUCAGCAUUGGUUACUUGUAUAAUGGGGG